GCCAAACGGCGUAGGGGCGCGUCCCCCGGUGGCGGAUGGGGGAAUCCUCUUUGAGGAUACACAAAAGUGUCGCGGACCAACUUGGCCUAUAUGAGAAGGAAAACUCUGAUUCUAAACCCACCUACUAUAUGUAGGUGUCUUUAAUUAUGUUACAUGCAAACUACAAUGGCAUUUCUGUUACAGGCAGAUGCCAAAUGAAACAGGAACAAUGACUGAUACAGAUAAGCAGAGCCAGAACAGCGAGUCUGAUAUAGACGACUCAGACCGUGAUGAACACUUUGAUGUGCGAAAGUAUCAUCAAGCUACAAAGCGAAAAAAAGAAUGCCUAUCCUCUUCAGAGGAAGAGGCAAUCCUCUCGGAGUACCCAAAAGAACUCUGGGAACAAAUGGAACGUAGAAAGAAGAGCCAAAAUGAAGCUCAGAGGCCAGGCUGUAGUCAAUGGACUGACGGUAGUGCACAGCCCACACCAGCAGAGCAAAACCCUGCAGGUUCUCCCCCAAGUGCCUCAUCAGUAGAUGAGACAGAGGGUGAAAUGUCUGUGCCAAGGCCAAGGAUAACCGAGGAUGAAAUGGAGCUACUUGCCCGCCAAACCCAAGGCAUGGGCACUUCGGAAAUCCUUGAGAAGGGUUUCUUGGAUUCUGAAAAACGCAGACGGAUCAAGGAGACGUUUGAAGAGCAUGGGACUGUCCCAACUCUGAAGCAGGUGGAGAGUCAUUUUGCAUCUCAAAUCGCCUACCAUGAAGAGGAAAUAAAAAAGUUACACGAGAUGCAAAAAUCAUGGAAGACGUUGGCAGAAGAAUUUUGGCUAGGUGUGAAGGAUGAGCAGGCUGCUAGACUUCAGGCACACCUCGGGGAGCACCGGCCACGUCCUAGGAAAAGAGAUGCUGUGAGCAGGGUGCAGCGGCUAUGCCCACUGGCGGGAUGUGGUGGGAGGUGCAUUAACAUCAGGCGACACCUCAGUCAGUGCCAUAAGCAUCUUAACAAAAGUGAUAUUGAUACGUUGAUUGAAAAAUACUCUUCAUUGCAAAAAGUAGUGCAAUCAAAGAUGCCAAAAAAGCCUCCAGUUAAAGACAGCUCCAGCAAACAGAAGAGCAGUAAAAAAUAUCCUUCCAGACAGUGCUCUGUCUGCGAUAAACGAGUAAAAAGACUUGACAUUCACGUUGAGAAGAAACACUCCGUGAAGCGGCGCACAAAUACGUUCAGGGAUAUCAUGCGCCAAUCUCUGGUGCUAUAUCAGGGCACUGAUGAGAUUGAAACUGUGGAAGUGGCAUCUGGGAAAUCAACCAUUUCCCUAACAGAUGGAAUAAAAUCAUUCCUGAACCAUUUUGAGAAGUAUUUGAGGCUCUGCACUACGCACACGGACUCAACCACAAGAGCGCAAAGGCGCAUGGUGAAUAAUGUUCUCACCCACAUGGUUCAAAACGAGGUUCUGACGACCCUGAGUGGCUCUGCCAUCUGCAAGCUACUGGUGAAAAUAGAUGAUACUGAACCUCUUGGAUUCUUGCCCAGCAAAAGAGAGAUGUUCAGUGUGGGUUACAAAAGAAAAAUUGUAGAUGCAUGCAGACGAGCUGUUGCAUGCUUGGAAUGGUCGGAUGAUGAAUUGUACCAUGUAGAGAAGGAUGAGGCACGUGCAGCAGACAAGCGCCUCCUCAUUAUAACAAUGAAAUACCAAAAGGAGGAGAUCAUUGAGAAGGGCCAAACCCGACGUAAGAAAGAAUUAGAGAACGUCACAAUGGAAGUAAUCGAUAAAAUCCUAAAAUCCGAUUACAUCAAGAACGCUUCUGACAAUGCUAAGAAGUGCUUGACUAACCCAGAAGUGAGACCUUUGGCCCUGAGUGACUUUACCAAGCUCAGAGACGUCCUCAUCCUUACAUUGAUGAUAAAAUCAGUAAGAAGACCCAUGGAGUUUGCUGAAUUCACACUGGGUGAAUAUCUCGAGAUGGAGGAGAGGAGGACAAAAGGACCUGAGCCUGAAAACUACUACGUGAUUCGAGUUGCGAGGCAUAAAACAGCUCAUCAAGGACCCUCGCUCCUCUAUCUGGAGGAAUCUGACAAAAAGGUGUUGGAUGCAUACAUAUUGUUCUACCGGCCGGUGGUAACGUCCUGCAUGGCUCCCAGCUGCCUAGUGUUUCCCAAUAGGAUUCAAAUGACGGAGGCCAAAUGUUGCUCCAAAAUAACAUUUUCCAAUUUGAGCAGGAUUGUGAAUAAGACGGCGAUUAAGUCCACAUCCCAUUGCAAGAUUACUUCAAGGAUACUUCGCCGCUCCCAGAUAUCAGCUCUCUGGGAAAAAUGUGAUGACCCAGCCUGGAGGCAGAAGGUCGCUGAGCAAUGUUGCCAUUCCCUGGCUACCGCCACUAGGUAUUAUGACUAUUCCAGUAAAGUGGAGCCAGGGAAGUUAGUAGUGGCCACAUUGAGGCAGAUGAGGGAUGGCCACAGAAAUGACGAUGCGCACACCGUCCUCGAGGGCGUUCCCGGUGUGCAGCAUAAGAACACGCUCUCCAAUGACCUGGAUGAUCCCGAGAGCGUGUGUCCCGCAUCUCGAGAAGUCGGUGAGCAAGAGCCGGGGGAUAAAGAGUAUUUCCUAAGGCCCACUACCCCUCCACAACGUAGGGGAGAGACAUUGGAUCAACAAGAUGUCGAAAGUGUCCUGUCGUACUCUUCAAGUGGUGAGGAUGUCAGUAUACUAUCAUCCCUAGGAACCGAACCCCCAGGAGCAAGCUCAUCUGUGGGAAGUGUCUUGUCAUACUUCUCAAAAGGAGAUGGCUUGUCAGGUGACGUGAGUGUACUGUCAUCACUGGGAGCAGGAGAAUCGGCAGGACCAAGCACUGACUACAUUGGGAGUUUGUCUCCAGUAAAAUUGCCCGACACUGCAAAUGUCUUCAGAGAUAUAAGGAAUGCUAUUGAGGCUUGUAACAAGCGUACGGGGGAAGGUCCUGUUGUCUUCAAGUGGGUAGAGGUAAAAGCUUACUUGGAUAAAAAUAAUUCUCAGUAUAGAAAACUUUCAGCUACGCAGCUCAGGUAUAAAUUUAAGUAUCUGAAACAUUUAAAGAAGAAAUUGCAUAUAUAGGCCAUGCAUGUAAGAUGAUAGGAAGCAUAAAUCUUAGCGGGACAGCAGAUGUCUGGAAUUCCCGCAUCUUGCUUUAGCCAAGCGAGAAUCCCAGUCAUCCGUCCCAUAAGGAGUAGAUGAGGAUAUAAUAGGAAUAUUGGUACAAAACAUGUUUACGGAUGUGUAUCUCAUGUCAAAUAAAUCCAAAAAAGCA